AUGGAUGCUAGGAGUGGGUUCGAAUCAUGGGAAGACUUCGAACGGGAUCAUCACAAUCCAGAUCAUCGAGCGAUUGCAUCGCUACACAGGAAACUUGAACCAUUUCUGUUGAGACGAGUCAAAAAAGAUGUCGAAAAAUCAUUGCCCGCGAAGGUCGAACAAAUUCUUCGUGUCGAUAUGACCAUCCAGCAGAAACAAUUCUACAAAUGGAUUCUCACAAAGAAUUACAAAGAGUUAUCAAAAGGUGUCAAAGGUUCCAUCAACGGAUUCGUCAAUUUGAUAAUGGAACUGAAGAAAUGUUGUAAUCAUGCGUCGUUGGUUCGUGCAUACGAUUAUUAUGAGGACAACGCUCAAGCCAGAUUGCAGCAAUUACUCAAAUCAUCCGGUAAACUGAUUCUGUUGGAUAAAUUGUUGUGUCGUUUGCACGAGACUGGUCAUCGAGUGUUGAUAUUCUCACAGAUGCGUCUUGACGGUUCAAUGCGAGCGGAUUUACGUAAAGCCGCAUUGGAUCAUUUCAAUGCGCCCGGAUCAUCGGAUUUUUGCUUUCUUUUAUCGACUCGUGCCGGUGGAUUGGGCAUUAACUUGGCUACAGCCGAUACGGUGAUAAUAUUCGAUUCGGAUUGGAAUCCACAAAAUGAUCUGCAAGCGAUGAGCAGAGCACAUCGUAUUGGGCAGAAGAAACAGGUGAACAUCUACCGUUUGGUAACGAAAGCAUCGGUUGAAGAGGAAAUUGUGGAGAGAGCGAAACGAAAGUUGGUGCUGGAUCAUCUUGUUAUCCAGGUGAACAUCUACCGUUUGGUAACAAAAGCAUCCGUUGAAGAGGAAAUUGUGGAGAGAGCGAAACGAAAGUUGGUGCUGGAUCAUCUUGUUAUCCAGGUAUUUUACCUAUUAUCCAGGUUUUGCAUGAAGUAA